AUGGUUCAUGUCUGUUGCUGUGCUCUCAUUGACUGCUACGUACCUGGUUCCCUGCUGAAGCGCCUCGGCUGCAUCUGUCACGGCAAGGCGGACAUGAACCCUGUCCCCCAUGUGUCGCACUCUCCACGCUCCGCCCGGCUAAUCCACCACCACCUGGAGCUUGUCCGAGGCUACGCAGGCCUGCGAUCAUCUACAACUAAACCGCGACCGAUUUUGCCUUCUUGCUGGAAGAUUGUCGCUGGACCCUACUUUUCUAGAUCGAGUUCUUCUGUCUCUCAAUCCCAGUUUCGCUCGACCCGAAAUAUGUCCUCCAGGCAGAAGAAGCCGCCGGCUGCUCCCAGGCCCAGCUCUAGCGUGGUUUUGAUAUCGCCAACGAACGAGAUUCUCCUCCUUCAUCGCGUCAAGACAUCUACAUCGUUCGCAUCUGCCCACGUCUUUCCUGGAGGGAACCUCUCACUCCAGGACGGGCGGUGCCCACCACCUGAGGAUGUGAAGAGGCAUGAAGAUGCGCCUUGGUACCGAAAUGCUGCUAUCCGCGAGCUGUUCGAGGAGAGUGGCAUUCUUCUCGCCAAGGACCAAAGCUCUGGUAGAAUGCUCGCCGUCCGAGAAGAGGAACGCGACAAGGGCCGUCGGGAUAUUCACCAGAAGAAGACGACGUUUUCAGAAUGGCUACAGAAGCAAAAUACUGCGGCUGUACCAGAUAUAGACAAUUUGAUUCCUUUCACACGAUGGGUCACUCCGCCAAAUGUUCCAAAGCGCUACACCACGCAGAUGUAUCUCUAUUUUUUACCCCUGUCUCUUGAGUCAGACAAAUCACUAUUGAGUGAGAUCCCUGCAGAGGGUGAACGCGAAGAGAUCCAAACUCCAACGAGUGACGGAGGAGUUGAAAUCGCUGAAGCCCAAUUCUUACCUGCAUCGGAAUGGCUUCGCCAAGCAGCGCAAGGUGAAAUCAUUCUGUUUCCACCACAGUUUGUCCUAUUAAGUCUAGCAUCGCAAUUCCUGGAUAGGGAACCUCGGACUGCCUCCGCAGAGGAGCUGCAGCAGAGGCGCGCUCAACUGAUAGAGUUUGCCCAUUCCAGCAGUCCGCCGUGGACAGAGAAAUGUAUCUCUCCGAAAGUUGGUAAAUUCACAGAGGAUGGACGUUCGAUAAUGAAAUUAGAUCAUCCCGGCCCGGAGCUACAGGGAACAGAACGUCGGGGGGAGUCUGAUCGGGUGGUAUUCGUACGAUUCAAGGAUGGCAGUGUUCGCGAGCUUAGUAUGGCCUGGACAAAGGACAUCUUUCCCGGGAAUAAGAGCAACAUCUAA